AUGGAAUUGGAGACUUGGAGUGACAAAAGGGAUUUCUUUUCUAUGGGUGUGCUUGAGGAUCCUUGUGGAAUCAAAAUGGACGCAAAAGCGAAAGACUAUCCAUCGGUUGAUGAUAUCCGAAAGUUUAAACUUAGAAAGUUAAAGAAGGAAUAA